GGCUAUGCGCGUGGCACCUUGAUCUUUCGGUAGGAAGCGAGGAUCUCUUGAGAGGAAGUUCACGUGCUUUUGUUUUAUUAUUUCAUCUGUUGCGCCAUGGUGUGCUUUGAUCCAUGUGCACACGUUACCGUGCGCACAGGAUUGCCCAAAGGAUUCAACAGGGCAAACCACGUGAUCUACAGAAUUGGCUUGUAUUUUGGCUACGGAGAAACCUGGGGACGUCACUGCAAAAAAAUAAUAAUAAUGUCCCUAUUCUUUUUUAUGUUGCCCACUAUUACGCGUUAUGUUCGGUAUUCCACUCGACAGUUUCGUAGCUGGCCUUGCAUGUCCAAUUAUGUCGCAGUCGCUCGUCGGCUCCUCGAGCGGCCAGGGAUCUCGGGAGGAAGGCGGCCUCGACAAGCUCAAAUCGGAGAGGCACCCACUUUUGCUGCCAAUAGUUGAAUCCCCCGAUCGAACGCUGGGCAAGCUCAAAUCGACGACGCACUCAAAAUCGACGCCUAUAAGUGACUCGGCCUAUCGACGGGGCGUUCGCUUCGAACAGCAGCGUGUCGACGAUUACGGACGCCGAAAGAAACGGGGGCGCAACAUCACCGUGUUCCCGUGUCUGUCUCCCGGUUCCCCGAGCGGCAGUGGUUCGGCGUUGACGUCCUCGAGCUCGACGCAGCGGGCGUCCCGGAAUGUUUCCGACGUGCCGCACUUCCCCAGCAGUAGGCGAGGGCGGGGGCUGUGGAAGUUACGUCCAGCGGUGGUGAUCGCGAGCGCCAUACUGCUGUCGGUUGUGCUGGUCGGCUCCCUUCUGGCCUCCACCCUGCUGGCCGCCGGCUGGCGCCGCACAGUAGCGGCCGCGUGCCGCACCAAGCCUUGCCUCGAGUACGCGCGCCUCCUCGCCGACUCGGUGAACCGGUCGGCGGACCCCUGCCUGGAUUUCACGCGAUUCGUGUGCACUGGCUGGCGUCGGCGCAGCGAGCUGUCCGUUCACGACAAGUGGAUGCUGUCCGGCAUGAACCACCUGUCCAAACUCCUGCGCUCGGUCGACGUACCUCGAAAGCAUCAGAACGCGCUCCAGAAAGGCGCAGCGUUCCUGCGGAGCUGCGAAGCAGUGAGAAAUGUCGACGUGGAUGAACUACCCAAGGUGAAGGCAGCACUGCUAGAGGCCGGCAUCGUGUGGCCUCUGCUGCCCAAGGACUCGGACACAGUGGACGUUCUUCGCACGUGGCUGUACACUUCCUUGACGCUCCACUGGUGCAGCAUUCUGCACGUGUCCGUUCAGCUGGACGCGAACACCACGGUGAUCUUCCUGGAACCGCUCCAAGAGUUUGUUCGCAUCGCCGAAAGGCACAAGGAGUGGGCCAAUGACGCUGAGGAAGCCGAACGCUACUUCGAGACCCUCAGGUCAACAUUGAUGCCCUGGCUUUUUAGCACCAAGACGGCAUGCUAGUGAUACCGUAGCGAUUCUAGCAUUCGUAGUAAAGGUUCGUUUAAUGUCCGCCUCUGUUUUCCGCCGUCAUAUAAGCUGAGCAGAGCAGAUGACAGCGGUGCUCCUGUUCUUGGCUAGCAAAAUCCUGCCUAAUUUUCCCUUUCUUUUCCCGAAAUAAGAAAUUAACAUGAUAAGUCAAUGUGCAAAGAUUUCCGACACUCAAUGUGGCGUUAGUGCACUCAAUGCCCAAUUAGAGCACGAUUAUCUCUUAAGGAAAGGAUACUGGAAAAAAAUAUUAACGUUAGUCGUUUUCUUGUACGAUUUACUACAAAUUCUAAUAAAAAAAUAUCCCUCAACUACAAAAAAAUGUGUGCAAAAGGCCGUGCAAGUGCGACCGCUACAGCCGAAGGGCGCCUGUACUGGCCCCUUGGCUCGCGGUUCCACCCUGGCGCCUCCCCCCAGCGUCGCCCCAGGCCUUUGGUCACCCCUUAGGUGAGCUCUGCGCUCCGCUCGGCGGCUAAGGAUCAGCGGCUAAGGAUCGCACAUCGCCCGGUCAAAAGACGCAUGCGUCAAUAGCCCCUCCUUAUUCAUUACGUCCAAAGAACUAGCAUUUUUAGCGGGGGGGAUAUGAUGAUUACAGGUAUCUCCCUUGUUCAGCGCAGCGUGUAGGAAUGAUUGUGAAUAUAUGUAUGGUGUUUUUUGGUUUCUUCUGUUGGUUGGAGCAGUUAUAUAUGCUUCGUUCCAAGCAAUAAACUUCAGUUGCAAGUCAGCGCUCGUCCGUGUCGUUUCUCACUGCUUGUCCCCGUGAACACCGCACUGUUCUGCUUCAAAUGUGUCUUACCAACUAGCCCAAACGUCUGUUUUAGGAAGAAUCAGGGUCAGGAACGCAAGCAGGUGCAGCAGGAUUAGCCGAGCCCUACACUUGGCGGAUGCCUGCA